AAGCUGUUCUGAAAACAGAGAGAAUAGCGGGUUAAUCAGAACUCUGGUUGAUCGUGUGAAAUAUUGUGGCCACAGUGAGUAAGAUUAGGAUCAACGUUAUCCCAAGUAAUAGGGGUGAAGCCCGGUCGAGCCCAGCCCCUUUUUAAACAGCUUCCUUGUUUUCUACCAAAGUUUCGCUUUUCAGCUGGACCUUUCUCUGACAGCAAGGUGGGCUGGUAUGUGAGCAGACAGAAACGCCACGAUGGUCAGAGCACAUUUGAGUGUGACAACAAUACGGCAGCUCAUAGAAAUGAAGAUGAGCACGUGCAGCGGAGUGCACAGGAGCCUGGCAUGUUUGCACCGCGCUGUAGGUGGAGUUCGUUGGAAGAGCAGCUUUAGACAAGCCCCCCUCCUGACUGCAGCUCCCGUUCGCAGCCUCAUAGAUGAACAGAUCAGCAUUACAGGACGUUUCCUGCCACCCGACAGUCCCGUCACAGUCCGUGCACGGAUGCACAGUGAGGAGGGUGACCUGUGGGAGUCAUUCGCACAUUACAAUACGACUGCAGAUGGCACUGUCAACUUGACCCAGGAUCAUUCAGUCGGGGGUUCAUAUUUGGGCUGUGAGCCAAUGGGACUGUUCUGGGCUCUGCAGCCGGCUCCUGGUGCAAGAGAGGGUUUAAGGCUGAGGAAAAUGAAUGUGGAGACGCCAAUCGUCAUGCUCAUGUCUCUGCUGGAGGGCCACGUUUCCCCCAGUGAGGGACCGAGCACUGAGCUGGCUGUCGUAACUACAGAGCGCUGGUACAUGGCGCCAGGCGUGAAGAGAAUAGAGAUUCGGCAGAAUGGAGUUGUGGGGACCUUGUUUUUACCGCCCGGGCCAGGCCCAUUUCCAGCUGUGUUGGACCUGUGGGGAAUGGGUGGAGGACUGGUAGAGUACCGCUCUGCCCUGUUUGCAUCCAGAGGCUAUGCUAGCCUCUCCCUUGCCUACAUAGGGCACAAAGAAUUGCCGGGGCCACAGAACACCAUGAACGUCGGUGAUUCAUACUUCAAGUCAGCAUUCCAGCUCCUUGAAGAUCAUCCUCAGGUCGAUGGCAGCAGAAUCGGGAUUAUGGGUCUCUCCUUCGGAGUCUACCUGACUCUUAGAAUUGCCAUUAACCUUGGUGUUAAACCAUCCUGUUUGAUUUGUGUCAACGGCCCCGUAGGAAGCACUUUAAAACUCAUAGACCCAGAGGGCAGGAGCAGCAACUUUGAAAGUGAGCAGAAGUAUUGGACGUAUGAUGAUCAGGGCUACGUCAGUUUCAAAGCUGUCUCCUUGCCUGCUAACAUUGUCCCUGCGAGCAUAGUGAAGGUAGAGCGCCUCACCUGUCCUUUAAUGUACAUUGUGGGGGAAGAUGACCUGAGUUCGUCAGCCAUAGAGAAUGCAAACCUGAUCGAGGAGACCCUGAGUGCUGCAGGUAAGUCCCAGCUCUUCACCCGUUUGUCAUACCCGGGUGCUGGCCACCUGAUUGAGCCGCCUUACACACCAAAUGCAAGAAUAUCACUGUGGAGCGUCAAACCCAAAAAAGUGAUGACUCUGUGGGGAGGCCAUACCGCACCUCACGCUGCAGCCCAGGAAGACUCCUGGAAGAAGAUCCUAGAUUUCAUGGAGUGCCAUCUGAGACGGUGAAUCUGUGGUGAAUUGAAAUCUCGAGAUAGAAAAUGCAUAAUCUUAAAUGAGACUGUGAAAUGCUGCAUUCAUCUGGUAGAGAUUUAUAUACGGAGAACUGAGGCAGGAAGAAAACAAACGUGUCUUGUGAGAGAUGUAAAGAACCUCCCAGAGCUGGUGUGUGGUUCAUGUAUAGCAGGCUGCAGAUUCUCCACAAGGGGGAGCUGUGUGCUCACUUAACCUGUCAACCAGCACCUGCAGUGGUGACAGAAAGUUGUGUCAGCAGCUGAUGACAUCUUACUUGCCAACCCUCCCUGAUUUUUCCCAGGGAGACCCAUUUUUCUUUGCCCCUACCUGUUUCCUUCCAAAGACCCAUUUCCCUUGUAUUUGUAUUGUAUCCUCAUGAAGACAUGGAGACGACAGAAAUAAUCAGUGAUGUGGAGACUUAAACUACUUGUAGCUGAACUAUAUUGCUUAACUACAAUUUGCUGUAACUAGUUCAACUACUUUUUUUGUAGUUUAACUACUCAAUUUACAAAAUAUCAUUUUGGCCAGUAAUAUGAAAUAUAUUUUUUUUUUACAAAAAAUAGAAGACAUACAUUUUAUUUUAUUUUUUUUUGAAAAACGGCAUGAAACAUGUCAUGGGUGGGUCACUGUGCCAAGGAAGGCAGUGCUCAUAUGGCACAAGCACGUCAUGGACAACCCUCCCGCUACCUACGAUGUGCCCCCGAAUGCGCCAGCCCAACCAUGGCCAUAUUUGAGCAUGUACAUGCUGGAUAUAGAUGCAUCUACAGACACAACCUAUGUGUUCACGUGUUCGUGCCUAAGUGUUAGUGCCACUGAAGUUCCUGUGAUGUCGACCAAAAAUGUCAGCUUUUGUUCUUUAAAAAAUAAAACUUGAGUUGAGAGGCAUAUUUCUGCUGGCAUGUGAAUUUUUUUGUAGGUAUUAUAUUUUGUUUCAUAUACACCAUACGUUGAUUUAUUUAACGCUGAGUUAAAUGAGUAUAAUGAGUAUAAGUAGUUGCUAAAGCUACUUUUUUUUCACAGUAGUUUUACAAACUACAUUUCUCCAGGGGUAGAAAUGUAGUUUGUUCAGCUACUGCCAGGCUGAACUACAUGUAGUUUUACAAGCUACGCUUGCAAAGUAGCUUCCCCAACACUGGAAAUACUAUGCAAGCCUUUUGGAAGUACUCGACAGAACAUGUCCUGUUUUGUACAGAAAGUUUUAAAAGAAAGGGGCAUGCAGUUUCCAUUACCUGGUGUGUCGAUUUUUCUGUCAACCACUGGUGUUGGAACCAAUCACCAUCACCAUCGAGAGGCUGACACACAGGGGCAGUGGCAUUCACAGACUACAUACAUGUUUACUGCAAGAUUCAAGUUUUCACACUUAACAUUGUCAUGACACAUUGGGUUUUAUAUUUAGUUACAUUACAUCUCAAUAAUUGUUAUAGAUCUGGGAUUUGUAUUCACGACAGUAGUGCUGCACACAGAUUACACAAGAUGCCAAAUAUCUACGUAACUUUCCUUUGUUUAUUCAGGUUGUUUAGGUCACUGAAGAUCUAUGAUUUAAUUUGAUUUAUAUAGUGAUAUAAUUUCUUCCCCAAAAUGACAUAGUGCAGCUUCUUGGGAAACAUUACAGACUGGAGCAGAUUGAUAAAUGCAGCCUGUAGAUGGAUGAUACUAACACUGUCCAGUUUCACCAUGUCCUUGUUGCAGUAAGUGUAUAGUUCUUCAUGUGUUCAUAUUUUUAUACAUUUUAUUGUAUGUACCAACAAAAAAUUGAUAAACAUGUCAUAAAGAUCAAAAUCA